AUGGCCUCUUUACAACUCGGUGUUGCCGAUCUUUCGGCCACCAAGAAGAAGGCCUUCGAAGAUGCCGACAAGAUGCAGAAGCGCAUCGUGCGUGAAUGCGGCGAUGCUGGAAGAAACCCCCCACCCUAUGCAUUGUCUGAGCUCAUAGGGAAGGGAAGUUUCGGACGCGUCUACAAGGCCAGGGCGGCAGGCUCAGGCCGCCUGGUCGCCGUCAAGAUCAUCAGCAUCGACGAGGGAGACAGUCUCGCGCCCGGUGCGGCUGACACCUUCCAGGACAUUCUCAAGGAGGUCAAUACACUCAAGAAGCUCGGUGAGAGCGGCGCCAGGAAUAUCAACACCGUCAUUGAAACGCUCCUCGUCGGCCCAUCCAUGUGGAUAAUUACCGAGUACUGCGGCGGCGGAAGUGUCUCAACCCUAAUGCGACCGUCAGGGGGUCUGCCGGAGAAGUGGAUCGUUCCGAUUCUGCGUGAAGUGGCCGAGGCUCUGAGAUGGGUCCACAAGGAAGGCAUCAUCCAUCGUGAUAUCAAGUGCGCGAAUGUGCUGGUGACCGAGGUCGGCGGUGUCCAGCUGUGCGACUUUGGGGUCGCAGGAAUCAUUGAGACCAAGUUCGACAAGAGGAGUACGGUCACUGGCACGCUGAACUGGAUGGCCCCGGAGCUUUUCGACAUGUCCGUCUCGUACGGCACCGAGGUUGAUAUUUGGGCCUUUGGGUCCCUGGCUUUCGAAGCCGCCACUGGACUGCCCCCGAAUGCCAAGAACAUGUCGCGCUUUGAUCCAUCACAGUUCGGCUCUUACCUCAAGCAGCACGUUCCUCGGCUUGAAGGGGACCAGUUCUCGGACAGCCUGAAAGAUCUGGUCGCCUUUUGUAUGACCGAGGACCCAAGACAUCGCCCCUCUGUCGUUCAGGUACAAGGCCACCCGUAUAUCUACGGUACUGAGCGUGACUACCCGACAAAAUCCCUCUCGAUGCUUGUAAAAGCUUAUCGAUUGUGGGAAAUUCAAGGAGGAAACCGGAUGUCGUUGUUCAAUGCAGGCGGUGCCCAGGCACCGGUUGGUGACGAGCCCUCACGUUCUUCAGACAGUGACGACUGGAACUUCGAUACCAUGGCUGGCGAGAUCGAUCAGAGGGUUCUCGGUGACAGCCAGGCUCAAGCCGUGUAUGACGCCUACGGACCUCGCGUUUCAAUGAUGCCUCCACCCCCAAAGCAACAGGGCCGUCGCCGCAGACCUCCCAACAUUCCAGUCCUGAAGGCGCCCCUUGAGAAAGCUUUCGAUCCUGACACCAUCACGAAUUAUGAGGAGAAUGCCCGCCUGUUCUAUGGCAGGUCCAUGCCGUCGUCAGCGCCUGAAAUGGAUGAGAUGGUGACUCCACAGGACGGCAGCACAGGCUCCGCCCCACCCCGUGAAUCGCUAAUCGACCUUGACUUGUCGCUCGAUGGUGACAGGCUAUCUCGGUUCGCAGACAUAGAGGAAGGGGAGACCAUUAAGGCCAGCUUCACCGCCUCGAAGCACCAGACAAUCCGGGAAUCCGGAUUGAUCGACCUAGACGAGUCUCUGGAUGGCGGGAGGCUGUCUCGAUACGCCGAUACGCAAAUGGAUACUUUUAGAGCUAGUCGACAAAGCAUCCGGCCGCUCGGGAGGAGUCAGACGACUUUGGAUCGCCGACGCACCCAGGACUGGUCUUUCCCAGCGGUAAUUAGCGAUGAGGCCUCCCCGGAGGAUGAACCAGACAAUCGCAGGGAGAGCCAGCUUUUUAGAAGCCAGUCGACGAUGGACCACCGCCGGACUCAGGACUGGAGUUUUGCGGACGCAGCUGUGGGGGUUUCCACGCAGCCAGACCGAACCGAAAUUACCAGAAGCCAGUCCAGCCUUGAUCAUCGAAGCACACGGGACUGGUCGUUUUCGGCGGCGACGGCCUCAAACCCUCGCCUCGAGGGGCAUUGGUUCCAGUCCCACGACGAGAACGAUGAGGAUGACUACAUGGCACUGGACUCUCUCCCCACUACCGUGGCAGGACAUCGUCAAGAGGACUCGCUGCACGUUACACUUCCGCCACGCGCAGCGACCAGUCUGGAAGUCAGUAGGCUUUCAGCCUCUAGCAUGAUCGACCUCGAUGCCAGUCUUAUCGGCGAGAAUGGCGAGUCUCUACGUCCCACAACUGCACUCUCCGAGGCUUCAUCCGCGACCUCAGACACGUGGAGGCCCACCCUGUCACAUCAGAAGUCGUUCCAAUUCAAUCUGGAAGAUUCCUUUCCCUCAACCAUCAGAGAACCUUCUCUCUAUGUCUCGGAUGACAGGUCCCCGAGGAGCGCCUGCGAAAAGACGUCUGACAUAUCGGACGAUGCAAUCCCAAGAAGCAAUAGGGAGCCCUCUCUGUACGUGCCCGAUGGCUUUGGCUCGACCAAUUCACUCUUGUCAACUCACGAAAGAGAACCCUCCAUUUAUGUACCUGAUGAAAUUGGCCUGGGGAUUAUCCCAUCUACCCCGACGUCAGAGGAUGUGGUGCUCACUCCACCGUCCGAUAGUGCGAAUGACACAUCGGAUGACGCAGCCGCCCGCGCCGACGACAGCCACGUAUCUAUUACCAUUGAGGACUCCGAUGUUGACUCGGAUGCACCCAUUCCUGCGAUUCCUUACCUGCCGCAAGCUCCCUUGGUCGGCGUUCUGCAGGCGACUGCCUCGCAAGACGAGGUCAAGGAUGAGCUUCAGCGCAUGAUUAGGAGCCUGCACGAGCACCUUCAGUACACUUCUUCCGUUCUGCGGACGCUGCCCAUCAGGAGAGGUUCAGCGCAGGGCGAACACUCCGGUUCCGAGAUUUUGAUCUGA